UGGGCGGUCCUUCCUGUGACACGACCCUUGAGUGACAGUUCUAUUUGAUUGCCUCCAGUACUGUGAGGAAAGGACACGACUCUAUGGUGAGGACUGAUGGACAUACAUUAUCUGAGAAAAGAAACUACCAGGUGACAAACAGCAUGUUUGGUGCUUCAAGAAAGAAGUUUGUAGAGGGGGUCGACAGUGACUACCAUGAUGAAAACAUGUACUACAGCCAGUCUUCUAUGUUUCCACAUCGGUCAGAAAAAGAUAUGCUGGCAUCACCAUCUACGUCAGGUCAGCUGUCUCAGUUUGGGGCAAGUUUAUACGGGCAACAAAGUGCACUAGGCCUUCCAAUGAGGGGGAUGAGCAACAAUACCCCUCAGUUAAAUCGCAGCUUAUCACAAGGCACUCAGUUACCGAGCCACGUCACGCCAACAACAGGGGUACCAACAAUGUCACUUCACACGCCUCCAUCUCCAAGCAGGGGUAUUUUGCCUAUGAAUCCUAGGAAUAUGAUGAACCACUCCCAGGUUGGUCAGGGCAUUGGAAUUCCUAGCAGGACAAAUAGCAUGAGCAGUUCAGGGUUAGGUAGCCCCAACAGAAGCUCGCCAAGCAUAAUAUGUAUGCCAAAGCAGCAGCCUUCUCGACAGCCUUUUACUGUGAACAGUAUGUCUGGAUUUGGAAUGAACAGGAAUCAGGCAUUUGGAAUGAAUAACUCCUUAUCAAGUAACAUUUUUAAUGGAACAGAUGGAAGCGAAAAUGUGACAGGAUUGGACCUUUCAGAUUUUCCAGCGUUAGCAGACCGAAACAGAAGAGAAGGAAGUGGUAACCCAACUCCAUUAAUAAACCCCUUGGCUGGAAGAGCUCCUUAUGUGGGAAUGGUAACAAAACCAGCAAAUGAGCAAUCCCAGGACUUCUCAAUACACAAUGAAGAUUUUCCAGCAUUACCUGGUUCCAGCUAUAAAGAUCCAACGUCAAGUAAUGAUGACAGUAAAUCUAAUUUGAAUACAUCUGGCAAGACAACUUCAAGUACAGAUGGACCCAAAUUCCCUGGAGAUAAAAGUUCAACAACGCAAAAUAAUAACCAGCAGAAAAAAGGGAUCCAGGUGUUACCUGAUGGUCGAGUUACUAACAUUCCUCAAGGGAUGGUGACGGACCAAUUUGGAAUGAUUGGCCUGUUAACAUUUAUCAGGGCAGCAGAGACAGACCCAGGAAUGGUACAUCUUGCAUUAGGAAGUGACUUAACAACAUUAGGCCUCAAUCUGAACUCUCCUGAAAAUCUUUACCCCAAAUUUGCAUCACCCUGGGCAUCUUCACCUUGUCGACCUCAAGACAUAGACUUCCAUGUUCCAUCUGAGUACUUAACGAACAUUCACAUUAGGGAUAAGCUGGCUGCAAUAAAACUUGGCCGAUACGGAGAAGACCUUCUCUUCUAUCUCUAUUACAUGAAUGGAGGAGACGUAUUACAACUUUUAGCUGCAGUAGAGCUUUUUAACCGUGAUUGGAGAUACCACAAAGAAGAACGAGUAUGGAUUACCAGGGCACCAGGCAUGGAGCCAACAAUGAAAACCAAUACAUAUGAGAGGGGAACAUAUUACUUCUUUGACUGUCUUAACUGGAGGAAAGUAGCUAAGGAGUUUCAUCUGGAAUACGACAAAUUAGAAGAGCGGCCUCACCUGCCAUCCACCUUCAACUACAACCCUGCUCAGCAAGCCUUCUAAACAAAGACUUCCCUUUUCUUGGGGUAUGGCUGUCUCAGCACAAUACUCGACAUAACUGCAGAACUGAUGUGGCUCAGGCACCCUGGUUUUAAUUCCUUGAGGAUCUGGCAAUUGGCUUAUGCAAAGGGUCACCAUUUGAGGUCCUGCCUUACUAAUUAUGUGCUGCCCAACAACUAAAUUUAUACUUUGUUUUUCUCUAGUUCGAGCAGGGUCUGAAUUUUUUUCAUUUAUUUUCUUUUUUGCCAGCAGACAGACUUGAGUCUAUAAAGACAAGCAAGUACACUGACAGAAG